CCCUGCACGAGAUCGCGACAUAUUCAACCGAAACGCGUCUCAGUUGUUAAAGAUAUAAUGGCUCGUACUAAGCAAACCGCUCGCAAGUCCACUGGUGGUAAGGCACCUCGUAAGCAAUUGGCGUCCAAGGCCGCUCGCAAGUCGGCUCCCCCCACGACUGGUGGUGUUAAGAAGCCUCAUCGUUAUCGUCCUGGUACUGUCGCACUUCGUGAGAUUCGUCGUUACCAAAAGAGUACUGAGCUUUUGAUCCGGAAGCUUCCUUUCCAACGUCUUGUCCGUGAGAUUGCUCAAGACUUCAAGACCGAUCUUCGUUUCCAAUCCUCGGCAAUUGGUGCUCUUCAAGAGGCUGUUGAGGCUUACUUGGUCUCCUUGUUCGAAGACACCAACUUGUGUGCCAUUCACGGCAAGCGUGUCACAAUCCAACCCAAGGACAUGCAACUGGCUCGUCGUCUCCGUGGUGAGCGUUCUUAAGUAUAAAUUGCGAGUUGACGCAAAUCAACGCGCCGUGUUGCUUCCUUCCUGUUAUUGAUCACGUCCGUCAGUCGUUCGUUUAUUUUUGGGCGCUCAAUUCCUUGUUUGCUUAUGUGUACAUUAGUAAUGAUUAUAAUACGUUUUAAAGG